AUGCUGCCCCCGCUGCACCACGCUGUGGCUCCUGCUGCAGUGUCCUAUGCUGCCCCCGCUGUGCACCACGCUGUGGCUCCAGCUGUCGCCUACGCUGCCCCCACCCCAGUGGCACUGCCCCCGGCCGAGGUCAAGGUCCCCGUCACCCGCACGCACGUCGAGGUCCCCGUCCACCAGAAGGUCCACUAUGGCACCCAGAACUACGUCGCUGGCGCCACAACCACCAUCCACAAGCCAUCCCUGGCUGCGCCUGCCAUUGCCCCGCCCUCCACACUCCUGGCUAAGGUCACCCACAAUGCCCCUGAGCUCACCAUCCAGCGCCAGGAAGUGCCCGUCGAGAAGCACACUCCCAACUUCGUUGACACUCCCUACCACGCUGGCACCAUCGUCAAGUACACCGAGCCCGAAGUGCGCGAGGUCAAGGUGCCCACCCCAUACGCCCAGCCCGUAGCCGUGCCUCAGCCCAUUGCCGUGCCCCAGCCCGUCCCCGUGCCCCACGCCGUGCCCUUCCGCCACACUGUCCACUCCGUGGCCGUGCACAACGCCGUGCCAGCCGUCCAUGCUGCCCCAGCCGCCGUGGUCAAGGCUGACUACUAA